UAUUAUUCUAUAUAAAAAAGAAAAGCAUGUUGAAUUUGCGGCAAGAAAAACACGUUGUUUAAAUUAAAAAAAACAGAAUCCCCUGUCUGUUUUUUCUUCUGUGUUCUAUAUAAAUAGAGAGUAGAGAGAGUUUUGAAUUGUCCGAAAAGGAGAGGCAAGACAAGCUAAAACAAUGGUGGAUGAUGUGAAAAAAGGGCCGUGGACGGCGGAGGAAGACUCUUUGCUUUACAAUUAUGUUACUGUUCACGGCGAAGGCCACUGGAACUCCGUUGCUCGUUCAACAGGGUUGAAGAGAACGGGGAAAAGCUGUAGAUUGAGAUGGUUGAAUUAUCUCCGCCCAAAUCUUCGCCGGGGAAAUAUUACUCUUCAAGAACAGCUUCUUAUUCUUCAACUUCAUUCUCGCUGGGGCAACCGGUGGUCGAAAAUAGUCGAAUUUCUUCCUGGAAGAACGGAUAAUGAAAUAAAGAAUUAUUGGAGAACGAGAGUUCAAAAGCAAGCUAAACAACUCAACUGCGACGUUAAUAGUCAACGUUUUCGAGAUGCUAUGAGAUUGGUUUGGAUCCCCCGCCUAGUGGAGCGGAUCGAGGCGGCUUCCGUCCAAUCUCUGUCGUCGCCACCAUCACUAUUGCUGCCACCGUGCACCGAUGCCGAUACCUCCAUGUUGACGUGGGACUACAAGAGUAUUGUCCCUGAACACAUGUCUGGGUCGUGUUCGGACACAUCGGAUUCGAUGGCAGUGGACGGUUUCGGGGCAGGGUGGUGGGAAGGAGACGGAGUUGACUCAUCAUUAGAGAGCCUGUGGACUGAAGAAAACAUUUGUUUCUUACAACAACAUCUUUUUGAUUAAACCAACAAAAAAAAAAAAAACAAAUUUCAAUUCUUACAAAGUCGGAAAAUUCGGCGAUGUAGUGGGCCCCAAGGGACAAAACAAUUCUUUUUUGUUUUCUUAAAUUGAUGACAAAGAAGCAAUAUUUGUCUACAUUACUUUUUGGACAUGUGGGCUUGGCUUUGAAAAUAGAUAUUAAUUAAGUUGUAUCACUUUUUAUUCUAAAUUUUUUACUUUGUAACAAUGAGAGGAAUCAAACAAUUGUUUUGAAGAAAAAAAAUCUUGUAUUGGUA